AUGGAAACGCUGUGCAAACUGAACCGACUGAACCGACUUUACAUAUACGGGAGCUUUGAUGGUAGUAACGGCCCACCAAAGCGGGAUUGUUCCAUAAAAAUCACCUUUGGAGUUCGGAUCGACCGUUUUAUCAACAAGAAGCAGCCUUACAACAUCUCGUCGUUUCCAGUUCAGGAGCGAAAAGCAGAGGAGUCUGUAAGCAGGGAGGGCAUUGUGAGUUGGUUAAAUACUCAUCAUCUAAGAUCAACUUACAUUCUAUCAAUACUCUAUGAUAUCUCCAUGAUGAUUUCCUGUUGCAAGUCUGUGUUCCUCGCAACGAACGCGGGUAGCCUAACAAGUGCCCUUCGAGCUGUCUCCGCAUAUCAUCAUCCCUCAUGUGACAAAUAUGUUCACCUAGGAUUCUUCCCCGAUGUGAAACAAUUCUGCAAGCCGGAUCCAACGACAAGGCAAGAACCUUUGCACAAACUGGUUCCGUACGCAGCGAGAAUUUCCUCUGACAUGGACAUUCGACGUUACAUAGACAAUGGGGGCGGUCUCAGAGCCCUUGAAUAUGCCAACUGUCUUUCCCGCAAGUGGGACUCCGGAGUAAACAUUUCGCGAAUAUCAGCGUUGCUAAAUUUAUUCGAUAGCCAUGGGCUGUUUGAGAAUAUCCUGAAGAACACGAUUUUCAGAUGGACUGUUCUGGUGAUCUUGUAUAUUGGGAGCUAUAUGGCUGAUCUGAUGGGAUGCUUGACUGCUGACCAUGGCUACACCUGCACUUAUCCUCCUGCCACAACCCGUAAAGCACCCCUAUAUGGGCCUACAAAUACAAGAGUAACGCUAAGGAAUCAUGGUCUAUAUAUUGAAGGACAGGUGGUGGAGAUCGGAGAACUCCGCUACUGCAAACAAAUCAUGAUCAGCAGCAAGGCUGAGAGAGGCGCUCAUUUGAGGUAG